AGCUGGACGGCGAGCGCGAGCGGCGCGAGAAAGCUGAAGGUGAUGUGGCCGCCCUCAACCGACGCAUCCAGCUCGUUGAGGAGGAGUUGGACAGGGCUCAGGAACGACUGGCCACGGCCCUGCAGAAGCUGGAGGAGGCAGAAAAAGCUGCAGAUGAGAGUGAGAGAGGAAUGAAGGUGAUAGAAAACCGGGCCAUGAAGGAUGAGGAGAAGAUUCAGGAGAUGCAGCUCAAAGAGGCCAAGCACAUUGCGGAAGAGGCUGACCGCAAAUACGAGGAGGUAGCUCGUAAGCUGGUCAUCCUGGAGUGUGAGCUGGAGAGGGCAGAGGAGCGUGCGGAGGUGUCUGAACUAAAAUGUGGUGACCUGGAAGAAGAACUCAAGAAUGUUACUAACAAUCUGAAAUCUCUGGAGGCUGCAUCUGAAAAGUAUUCUGAAAAGGAGGACAAAUAUGAAGAAGAAAUUAAACUUCUGUCUGACAAACUGAAAGAGGCUGAGACCCGUGUUGAAUUUGCAGAGAGAACGGUUGCAAAACUGGAAAAGACAAUUGAUGACCUGGAAGAGAAACUUGCCCAGGCCAAAGAAGAGAAUGUGGGCUUACAUCAGACACUGGAUCAGACACUAAACGAACUUAACUGUAUAUAAGCAAAACAGAAGAGUCUUGUUCCAACAGAAACUCUGGAGCUCCGUGGGUCUUUCUCUUCUCUUGUAAGAAGUUCCUUUUGUUAUUGCCAUCUUCGCUUUGCUGGAAAUGUCAAGCAAAUUAUGAAUACAUGACCAAAUAUUUUGUAUUGGAGAA